AUACAUGAUCCCUUUUAAGCCUGAGUCCACAUGGGGGAAAGUGUCUUGUGGCUCUCUCCCUCAUAUUUCCCUUAAUUUCCGGCCUCCUCGAGGACUCAGGGACAAACACCAUGGCGCCUAAGAAGGGAAAGAAGGCAAAGGGCAAGGAAGAGAAGGAUUUCGAGGAGGAGGAGAAGAGGGAGAGCGAAGAGGAGGAGGAGGAAGAGACGGCAACAGCUGGUGGGAGGAAGAAGAACAAGAAGAAAGGUAAAAACAAGGGUGAUAUAAGUGAUGACGAGGAUGAAGGGACAGCAAAGGGAGGAGGAGACGACGACAAGAAGAAAGGAAAGAAGAAGAAGGGAGGGAAGGGAAAACACGAUAUCAGCGAUGACGAGGAGGAGAUGAUGAACAAGAAGAACAAGAAGAAGGGGAAGAACGAAGCUGAUUCUGAUGAUGAAGGGAAGAAGGGACAGGCACAGAAGAAGGGAGGGAAGAAAGGAAAGAAGAAGGGGAAAGGAAAGGAUGAUUGGAGCGACGAGGAAGAAGAUGAAGUAGAAGAGACACCGAAGGGAGGAAAGAAGGGGAAGAAGAAGGGGAAAGGAAAGGAUGAUUGGAGUGAUGAUGAGGAAGAGAAAGAGGAAGCAGAAGAAACAACAAAAAUGCCCACCCAGCCCAAGUCAGCAAAGAAGAAGAAGGAGAAGAAGAAGAAGGGCAAGGAUGAUGAUUGGGAAGAUGAUGGAGUGGAGAAUAAAUUAAUGGAGAAGAUGCUGGGGAUGGAAAUUGAUGACGGCUCGGACGAAGACGAGUUUCUGGCAAUGCAGGCGAGAAAUUUAAAAGCCAAACAAAGCAAGAAAAAAAAGGAGAAGAAGGUGAUGAAGUUGGAGGAAGAAGAGGAGGAGGAAGAUGAAGAGGAGGAGGACGAAAUACAGAAACUGGAGAAGGAAGUGGAGGUGAUGAAGAUAAAUGACGAUAAGAAGAAGGACAAGAAAGUGAAUAAAGAAGAUUUAAAAAAGAAGGAGGAGAAGAAAAUGGAGAAGACAAAGAUCAGUAAACCAGAGGAGGAGAAAAUUGAAGACGUGAAAGAGGAAAAAAAAGACGAAUCGAAAGAGAAGGUGACGAAGAAAGAGGAGAAGACGAAGGAGGAAGAGGUGAAGAAGAAAGAGAAGACUCCAGAACCUGAACCAGCUGUGAAGGAAGAGAAGGGUGCAGCAUCAGGCACGGAAGAAGAAGAAGAGGAGGAGGAGGAGGAGACGGAGGAGAUGAAAUUGAAGAGGAAGAAGCAAGAAGAGAAGGAGGCGCUGAAGAAACUGACCCACAAGGAGAGGAAGAAAGUGAAGCAGCAGAUGGAAUAUGAGCGUCAGAUGGAGGCAAUGCUUAAGAAGGGUGGUCAUGGCUCCUCUGCCCUGGACGACACCUUCUCCCUCUCCCAGGCACAGAAGUCCGACAAGCAGCAGCAGCAACUUGAGAACGCUGUGGAUAUUAAGAUUGAGAACUUCAGCAUCUCGGCCAAGGGCAAGGCUCUCUUCACCAAUGCCUCCCUCAUGAUUGCCAACGCCAGGAGAUAUGGCUUAGUGGGGCCUAAUGGGCAUGGCAAGACAACACUUCUGCGCCACAUUCAGUCCAGAGCCCUCAACAUUCCACCCAACAUUGACGUCCUGUACUGUGAGCAGGAGGUGGUAGCUGACGACACCCCAGCCAUCGACGUGGUGCUUCAGGCCGACAAGAAGAGGCUGGACCUGCUGAAGGAGAGGGACCAACUGGAGGCCAACAUGAAGAAGAAGAACAAGGAGGUGGACAUGGACAGACUGCAGGAGGUGUAUGAGGAGCUGAAGGCCAUUGGGGCAGACAAAGCUGAACCCAAGGCCAGGAGGAUCCUGGCUGGUCUGGGCUUCACGCUGGAGAUGCAGGGCCGUGCCACCAAGAACUUUUCUGGCGGUUGGCGAAUGAGAGUGUCCCUGGCCCGUGCACUCUUCAUGGAGCCCACAUUACUCAUGCUUGACGAGCCCACCAACCACCUUGACCUCAAUGCUGUCAUCUGGCUGGAUAACUACCUGCAGGGGUGGAAGAAGACUCUGCUGGUGGUUUCCCACGACCAGUCCUUCCUGGAUAAUGUGUGCACAGAUAUCAUUCACCUGGACCAGCAGAAACUCUUCUACUACAAGGGAAACUACUCCAUGUUUAAGAAGAUGUUGGUGCAGAAAAGGAAAGAGCAGAUCAAGGCAUAUGAGAAGCAGGAGAAGAGAAUCAAGGAGAUGAAGGCGUCUGGGGCCAGCAAGAAACAAGCCGAGAAGAAGACCAAGGACGCCCUCACACGCAAACAGGAGAAGAACCGUGCCAAGAACAAGAAGGACGAGGAGGAUAGUGGACCCACAGAACUCCUGGAGCGGCCGCAGGACUAUGUGGUAAAGUUUUCCUUCCCCGAGCCGCCGCCUCUGCAGCCGCCCAUCCUCGGCCUCUACUCUGUCUCCUUCAACUAUGACGGACACAAGCCGCUCUUCAGAAACGUGGAUUUUGGCAUCGAUAUGGAGUCGAGAAUUGCUAUUGUCGGGCCUAAUGGUGUCGGUAAAUCCACCUUCCUCAAGCUCCUCCUGGGGGAACUCACGCCAAUCGCCGGGGAGCAACGCAAGAAUCACAGGCUUAAGAUUGGCAGGUACGAUCAGCAUUCCGGCGAGCACCUCACUGCAGAAGAGUCCCCAUCAGAAUACCUCAUGCGUUUGUUCAAUCUGCCAUAUGAGAAAGCGCGUAAGGCUCUUGGCACGUUUGGUUUAGCCUCACACGCACACACCAUCAAGAACAAGGACCUCUCGGGCGGACAGAAGGCUCGCGUCGCUCUAGCCGAACUGUGCCUCUCCUCUCCUGAUGUUCUGGUGCUGGAUGAACCGACGAAUAACCUGGAUAUUGAGAGCAUUGACGCCUUGGCAGAGGCGAUAUCGGAGUACAAGGGAGGUGUGAUAAUUGUUUCCCAUGACGAGAGACUUAUCAGGGACACGGACUGCAGCCUGUGGGUCAUCGAGGAUCAGACCAUCAACGAGAUUGAUGGCGACUUCGACGACUACCGCAAGGAACUUCUGGAUGAGUUGGGCGAGGUCAUCAAUAGUCCUAGCAUAGCUGCCCACAAUGCCGCAGAACUUUAGGUGACUACUGCUGCUGCUUCUGCUAGGUACUAUUUCUAUUACUACUUCUACUAUUUUGGAGCUUGCAGAGGAUAAAUGGGUCAGUUUCCAGUAUUUUCUUGGGUAUGUCCAAUGUUUGUACUACUACUACUACUACUACUACUACUACUACUACUACUACUACUACUACUACUACUACUACUACUACUACUACUACUACUACUACUUUAUCUGAAGCUUAGAGAAGACAUCAAAAAAAGAGCUCUGAUCUUUAGUAUUUCCACCUAUUCCUACUACUACUACAACUACUAUUACUGUUGAUGGUCAUCCCUUGGUCAUUGCAGGUCAAGGUCAGGUCAUCGGCCAGCUUUUUUAGGUCAUUCUAGGUCAACUGGAUAUUUUGGCUUGAAAGAUAUUCUGGAAUCCAUUUAUUUUUUUGCUUCAGUCAUCCAUCUCCUGCUCAGAGAGAGAGAGAGAGAGAGAGAGAGAGAGAGAGAGUAUGUGUGUGUAUAUGUGUGUGUAUAGGCCAAACAUAAGGUAGGCAGGUGGUGAUGGUGGUGGUGACUCAAACGCUUCAACACAUAAUCAUGAUUCACUAUUAUUAUUAUUAUUAUUAUUAUUAUUAUUGAAGGAAAACAUGCUUACCAUCACUAUCAUGACUGGCAGUGGUGAUGGUGAGGAAGGGAAAUGAUGAUGAUAAAGAAAAUGGGGAUUAGUUUUUUUUUCCAAGAGAGAAGAUUGUAUGUUUGUGUGUGUGUGUUCCUGAGCUUGGCUGGCUGGCUGGCUGCUUGGUUAGUUGGCUGGCUGGCUGGCUAGUUAUCUGGCUGGCUAAUAAUAAGAUAACCCAGCAGGUGGUUGAAGGAAAGAAUGCAAGGAAGAAUGAAUAUUUUAAUGUAAUCGUAAUAAAGAUAUAUGAUUAU